CGAGAGAAGAAGGAUGCCACCUCUGAGCGGGCGAGCUGGAUUAGAUUUUCUCCCUUUCUCUCCAGCGGCUGCCUCUCUCCUCAUCCAUCUUCCUCGCGGUGCGAUCUGGGUAGGUUAGGUGGAUACUGAAUUAGGGUUGCUGCUGGGGGAGAAGAGGAUUUUAGAAGACAAUGGGGGUUAUGUCCAGACGGGUUUUGCCCGCCUGUGGUAACCUCUGUUUCUUCUGUCCUUCCUUGAGGGCUAGGUCUAGGCAUCCCGUUAAACGUUACAAGAAGAUGCUCGCUGAGAUUUUCCCUCGUAACCAGGAAGCUGAGGCAAAUGAUAGAAAAAUAGGCAAGCUUUGUGAGUAUGCGUCAAGGAACCCUUUACGAAUCCCAAAGAUUACAGAGUACCUUGAGCAGAAAUGCUACAAAGAGUUGCGAAAUGGAAACAUCGGAUCAGUUAAAGUCGUCUUGUGCAUUUACAAGAAGUUGCUUUCAUCAUGUAAGGAGCAGAUGCCUUUGUUUUCAUGUAGUUUGCUAAGCGUGGUCCGAACUCUUUUAGAGCAAACAAGAGAUGAAGAAGUUCAGAUAUUGGGUUGCAAUACCCUUGUUGACUUUAUAAGCUUACAGACUGAGAAUUCACACAUGUUCAACUUAGAAGGUCUAAUCCCUAAGCUUUGUCAACUUGCUCAAGAAAUGGGAGAUGAUGAAAGAUCACUCCGUUUACGCUCAGCAGGAAUGCAAGCUUUGGCUUUCAUGGUAUCUUUUAUUGGUGAGCAUGCCCAACUAUCAAUUGACUUGGAUAUGAUUAUUUCUGUGAUUCUGGAGAAUUAUAUGGAUUUAGAGAAGAGCCAAGAAGAUACCAAUGAAGCUGGUAAAAUGGUUUCUUUCAAACAUAAUCCUGUGACUGACUUUAACUUGGAAAACAUGGACAUCUCCAAGAGCCCCUCAUACUGGUCUAUGGUAUGCCUUUGCAAUAUAGCCAAGUUAGCAAAGGAAACCACCACUGUUCGCCGUGUUCUGGAACCGCUUCUGAAUGCUUUCGACAGUAGAGAUUACUGGUCUCCAGAGAAGGGCGUUGCCUCUUCUGUUUUAUUGUUUCUGCAGUCUCGUCUGGAAGAAUCAGGAGAGAACUGUCAUGUGCUGGUAUCUUCUUUGAUCAAGCACUUGGAUCAUAAGAAUGUAACGAAGCAACAAGGAGUUCAAGUUAACAUGGUGAAUGUAGCUACAUGCCUUGCGCUACAUGCUAAGCAGCAAGCUUCAGGAGCUAUGACUGCUGUGAUAGCUGACUUGAUUAAGCACUUGAGGAAGUGCCUGCAAAAUGCAGCUGAGUCAGAUCUGCCUGCUGAGGUAGCGAAGCAGAACUCUGACCUGCAGCUUGCGUUAGAUAAGUGCAUUGCAGAGCUCUCAAAUAAGGUUGGGGAUGCAGGGCCCAUUCUUGAUAUGCUGGCGGUGGUUCUUGAGAUGAUAUCCACCAAUGUACUAAUUGCUAGGACCACAGCAUCAGCCAUUCUCCGUGCUGCACAUAUUAUAUCAGUGGUCCCAAAUGUUUCUUACCACAAGAAAGUGUUUCCGGAUGCCUUGUUUCACCAACUGCUCCUUGCAAUGUCCCACACGGAUUAUGAAACUAGAGUUGAAGCACACAAUGUUUUCUCAGUUCUGCUUCUUCGAACUCUUCUUUUGCCUUGGUCAGACCAACAUAAGGAGGAGGAGAGGGAUAAAGUUGAUGAAUCCUUAAACAGUGAUCUGCGUAAAGAUGUAAACCACACAUCUCAUACAAGUCUUAGUUGUGAGUCCUUGGAUAGCUUAAAUGAUGGUGGUAUAAAGUCGUUAUGUUCACUCAGACUAAGUAGUCACCAAGUAAACAUGCUCCUUACAUCACUAUGGAUCCAAGCGACUUCUACCGAGAACACCCCUGCUAAUUUUGAGGCGAUGGCUAGCACGUUUAAUACCACUAUUUUGUUUUCACUAGCAAAGAAAUCAAAUCACAUGGCUCUGGUGCGGUGUUUUCAGCUUGCGUUCUCUCUUCGGAAUCUCUCAUUGAACCAAGAUGGAGAUUGGCAGCUCUCUCGUAGAAGAUCAAUCUUCACGUUUGCAUCAUACUUGCUCAUUUUCAGUGCCAAGAUUUCUAACAUACCGGAGCUAAUUCCAAUUGUCAAAGAAUCUUUAACUGGCCAAAUGGUUGAUCCUUAUCUUGUACUGGAAGGAGAUAUCAGACUGCGUGCUGGAUGUUCUGGAUUUCCACAGGAAGAUGGAUCUGAUAAAGAUGAUAGUGCUGCUCUCAGCUCACCAGAGAUUGUGGCAAAUGAUAGUCGCCUUAAGGAAAUCAUUAUCACUCAUCUCACAUCGAGGUUUCAGACAUUAUCCGAGGAGGAGCAAUCAAGUUUGAGAAAGGAGAUUCAGUCAGAUCUUUCAAGAGAUGAUGCACACCCGCUUGGUGCACCAAUGUUCAUGGAUACACCAGGACCUAGCUCUCCUCUUAAUCAAAUGGAACUUCCAGCUUUUGAAGAGGCUGAGCUUUCAGAAAUAGCUGCAUUUGAAGAAAUUUCACCGGGGGCUAGUGGGAGUCACAGAACGUCCUUGUCCACAAACACUAACCCUGUAGAUGUUCUGAGUAUCAACGAGUUGUUAGAAUCGGUAUCAGAAACUGCUAGGCAAGUAGCAAGUCUCCCUGUUUCCUCCCUUCCUGUACCUUAUGACCAGAUGAUGAACCAGUGUGAAGCUCUCGUGACGGGCAAGCAGCAGAAGAUGUCUGUGCUUCUAAGUUUCAAACCCCAAGCAACCAAAGCUAUAACUUUCUCAGAAGAAGAUGAAAAGGAGGAGCUCUUUCUUCUCAAGGAGACAGAAGAAGCUGAUGAAGAUGAUCAGAAGGCACUCACUGUGACACACGUCCAACCUCAAGGCCAGUACGCAUCCUGCUCACUCGAAGUGGAACAAAACUCUUUUCGGUUGCCGCCUUCAAGCCCCUACGAUAAGUUCUUGAAAGCAGCUGGAUGUUAAACCCACGGUACAUUACGUAAAAUCUUGCAUAUAUAUAUAGACACACGGUAUAAUAUAUAUAUAUAUAUAUAUAUAUAUUAUCACGUGUAAUCAUGUGCUUCAUAUAUACAAAUUAGUCACACCUUGGCUCUUGUUGGAAGCAAAUAUGAUUCGAUUCAUUCCAUUUGUAAUGUGUGAUGAACAAAAAAAAUGUUGUAUCAUCAAGGAAGCAUUUGUUGUUGAUUAUUUUUUGUUUGUUUGUGGUGAGCUGCGUGUGUUUUGUUCUGUGUUGUACGAAUUGGAGUUUGAAACCAGUCUUGUGGUUUGUAUUAAUGGAUUAACAAGUCAAAUAAAGUGUUAAACCCCGGUACA